UUAGGGAGUUUGUCCCUUUCUUAUUGCCGUAGUGUUGCGUUGCACUAUGCGCGGGACUCUCAAACAUGACGGUGUUCCAUAACGAAAACAAACGCUUAAUUUGUGAUAUUUUGAUAUGUUCUUAAAUAAGAUAUUCGUUGUAGUUUAAAAUAACAGUUUUGCUGUGGGAAUUUCGUUAAACGAAGUUAACUUACGCGUUUAGUUCUGAGGUAGAGCGCUUCGGUUGACAAAAUAAGAGGAACAAAAGAGAAAACUAUUAAAAAGACAGAAGAAUGCACAUUUAUUUAAAUGUAUUAAUUUAAUUUGGAUUAGGUUCCUGAUCCAGAAUGAGGAGAAGUUUAGCACCCAGUCAGGUGGCCAAAAGGAAACAAGGGCCAGAUUCAGAUGAUGAGGACUGGGAGCCUGACAUUGCAUCAGAAAGUAAAAGAAAUUGUCGAGAAAACUACAUCUCUCCAUACAGAAAACCCCUGACACCGCUCACCAACAGACCCCUGUGCACUGAUGGCAAUGAGCAUGAAGCAUUCAUUCGCAAGAUCUUAUCAAAGCCGUUUAAAAUUCCCAUCCCAAAUUAUACAGGUUCGUUGGGUCUGCGGGCUCUGGGACUGAGGCGGGCCGGGGUGAGGAAGGCUCUGCACGACCCGUUUGAAGAUGGAGCUCUGGUUCUGUACGAGCCACCUGCCGUCAGCGCUCAUGAUCUCAUCAAGGCUGACAAGGAGAAGUUACCAGUGCAUGUGGUUGUCGAUCCAGUGCUCAGUAAAGUGCUUCGACCUCAUCAACGAGAGGGUGUGAAGUUCCUGUGGGACUGUGUGACAGGAAGGCGGAUUGAAGACUCGUAUGGCUGUAUAAUGGCAGAUGAGAUGGGGCUGGGAAAGACGCUGCAGUGCAUCACUCUCAUGUGGACUUUACUGAGACAGAGCCCUGAUUUCAAACCUGAGAUCGACAAAGCCAUUGUGGUGUCCCCCUCCAGCCUGGUGCGAAACUGGUACAAUGAAGUGGGCAAAUGGCUCGGUGGACGUGUGCAGCCUCUCGCUAUUGACGGCGGCUCCAAAAACGAGAUCGAUCGCAAACUUGAGAGUUUUAUCUACCAGCAUGGUAUGCGAGUGCCAACUCCAAUUCUGAUAAUAUCCUAUGAAACUUUCCGCCUCCACGCUGAAGUCCUGCACAAAGGCAAAGUUGGACUGGUUAUUUGUGAUGAGGGUCACAGGCUGAAAAACUCAGACAAUCAGACAUACCAGGCACUGAACGCUAUGAACGCCCAGAGGAGAGUGCUGAUAUCUGGGACUCCAAUUCAGAAUGACUUACUGGAAUAUUUCAGUUUGGUGCACUUUGUAAAUGCUGGUAUUCUUGGCACAGCUCAGGAGUUUAAGAAACGCUUUGAGAUCCCCAUCCUGAAGGGUCGCGACGCUGACGCCAGUGAUAAAGACAGGGCAGUCGGAGAGGAGAAACUCCAGGAGCUCAUCAGCAUUGUUAACAGGUGUUUGAUUCGAAGAACCUCAGAUAUUCUUUCCAAGUAUCUGCCUGUGAAGAUUGAACAAGUUGUCUGCUGCAAGCUGACUCCGCUCCAGACAGAGUUGUAUAAGUUAUUCCUGAAACAGGCCAAACCUGUAGAGAGUGUGCAGAGCGGCAAGAUCAGCGUGUCUUCUCUGUCGUCCAUCACCUCGCUUAAGAAACUGUGUAACCAUCCUGCCUUGAUUUAUGAGAAGUGUCUGGCAGGAGAAGAGGGUUUUGAUGGAGCAAUGGAUCUCUUCCCCCAAAAUUAUUCCACUAAAGCAGUAGAACCACAGCUCUCAGGGAAGAUGCUGGUACUGGACUAUAUCCUAGCAAUGACCAGAACAACAACGAGUGAUAAAGUAGUUCUGGUCUCAAACUACACACAGACUUUGGAUCUUUUCGAAAAGCUGUGUCGAACCCGAAGAUACCUAUAUGUUAGGCUGGAUGGGACGAUGUCCAUCAAGAAGAGAGCCAAGAUUGUAGAGAGAUUCAACAACCCUUCUAAUCCAGAGUUUAUCUUCAUGCUGAGCAGUAAGGCUGGCGGCUGUGGCCUAAAUCUGAUUGGUGCAAACCGCUUGGUCAUGUUCGACCCUGACUGGAAUCCAGCCAAUGAUGAGCAGGCGAUGGCCAGGGUGUGGCGAGAUGGACAAAAGAAGACCUGCUACAUCUACAGACUGUUGUCGACGGGAACGAUAGAGGAGAAGAUCCUACAGAGACAGGCUCAUAAGAAAGCCUUGAGCAGCUGCGUAGUGGAUGAGGAACAGGACGUGGAAAGACAUUUCUCUCUCGGAGAGCUACGAGAACUCUUUUCACUGAAUGAGGAGACAGUCAGCGACACUCAUGACAGGUUUCGCUGCAGGCGCUGUAUAAACGGUCGACAGGUUCGUCCUCCUCCAGAUGAUUCGGACUGCACCUGCGAUCUGUCUAACUGGCAUCACUGUUCGGAUAAAAGAGGCUUGAGGGACCCGGUGCUGCAGGCAUCCUGGGAUGCUGCCGUCUCGUUCGUCUUUCACCAGCGCUCGCAUGAGGACCAGAGAGGAGUCGUCUGAGCAUCAUGAGUCAAAA